AAAUAACCUGAAAUCAACUUUGCCCUGGACUGAUCCGCAGUUCAACCAGCCUCUCUCAGAUAUCACCACCCGCACCGUCUCAAUCCGAAUUCCACGAUAGCGCAUUGCCUAUCUCAGGCCAGAAACACUCACUGCACAGUUGCGACUCAGAUGCAGACUUGAACACACCUCAGGAUCCGCCCGCGGUGUUGACGACCGGCUAUUUCCCCGCAAAAUCUAGGCGCAAUCACCUACAUCUCGAACCCCAUUCGCCACCACAACUACAAAUAACCAACAGACACGGCCAAUGUUUGUGUUUCCGGCUAAUAAUGACGGAUACAGGCAGAGGAAGAAGUCGUUCAAGGCUUGCGAGCAGUGCAAGAGGCAGAGACGGCGAUGCCAGCCUUCCAACAAGCCUACGAGUGGAUGUGCAAAGUGCAUGAGGAAUAAUAUACGCUGCAGUCUGAUCGUUGAUCUCCCGCCCACCUUUGGAGCCAAAAAAUCACCCGCAGCAGUCCUCGGAGACGGCUCGUCGCCCGCAGAAUCUAACUCGUCAAAGGAGAAUGCAGAAAAAAGCGGCUCGUCGCGGUCGCCGAUCUCGGGCAGCAUCUCGCCAGGGCUACAGGCUGCUCUAGAGAUGCGGCCAAAGUCGCCGGGCAGGCUAGAGCUCGAGUCGGUAAUGUCGAUAAACUCCGCGAUCGCGCGGACUAGGAACGAGAUGCACUCGCUCCCGCGUCCGGCGCCGAUUGCGCGGUCUCAUCCGGGAGCAAUUACGAGCAUAGGAGCGGUCGUCAAUCCGAUAGACCACGAGAUAAUUCCCCCGGCCGAGGCCGUAGUGGCCGAGUCUGAUUCGACUGUGACGACGCCGAGGCGGUUUAUUUCAAACCUGGAUCCGACGUCAGAGCUGGUCCAAGGAGGAUCGGUGGAUAAUGACAAGAUUGGGGUUUGGCUCGCGAGUGAGAAUGCUACGGCGGGCCCGGGGAACGACCAGCGAAGACAGGUGCAUGUGCCGCCGCCGAUGAAUCAGCAGCUGGUGCUGUACCUCAACACACUCCGUGCGUUUGAAGUUUUGCCAGAGCCGGAACGGGAUGGGCUCGUGGACGUGUAUUUCAGGCAGAUUAACAGUAUUCUCCCGCUGGUGGAUGAGAAGAUAUUCAGACGGCAGUUGAUGAAGCAAGAGCACUCGCUGGUGCUGCUACAGUGCAUUCUGCUGGCGGCAUGUCGACAUCCCGAGGCCGGCCAGUUUCUACGCGAGACCGAGCCGCGAGAUUUCGCAGCUGCGACGCACGCCAAGAUCAAGGCACUGCUGUUUGCGUCGCUGGAGCAGGAUCCCAUUACACUUGUGCGCGUAUACGCGCUGGCCUCGCUACAUUCCGAAGGCCCGCGAGGGCUCACGGACGCGGCCAAAGACAUCUCGCUGGCGUUUCACUACGCGCAUUACUCGGGGAUCCAUCUGCGGCGAGACCAUCUGGAGACGGCGGCGCCGAACACGAUGUCGGCGCUGCAGAAGCUGUGGCUGUCGCUGUGGUGUUUGGACCACAUGUCUGCGUGCGUGACGGGGCAUCCGCUGAACUCGCAUCCGAGAGAUGUAGGGCUGCCGAUGGACGAUAGCACAUGGGCAGCUACGCGAGCGGAGCCGCUGGCACGGAUUACGGAGGCGUGCUAUAUGCUGGACACGACGAUUGAUUUAUACCGUCCCCGGCCGUCGGAAAAAGUGCUAGAUCUGAAGCAGCCGGUGUUUGAGAAGGAGGAGAUCAUGCCGCGGCUGGUGCACAGCACGGCGAUCAUGCUGUUUUACAAACGGCUGCACAGUCUAACGGAGCAGCUGCCCGAGUCGACGAUGCAGACGCUGCUGACGGCGGCGGAAGAUAUUUUAGAGAUCGCGGAGGAGAGACGGAUCGAUCUGCCUCCGCUGCCGAUAGUGCCGUACUCGGUCGCGAUGACGCUGACGGUUUUCUUGCGUCUGUAUCCUGCGCCGGCCGCGCGGACGGGGUGGCGACGGAGCUGCGAGCUGCUGGACAAUAUGGGCAGGUACUGGUGGAUAGCGGAGGCGAUGUCGAGCAUGGGCAAGCGCGUGUUUAAGAAGUUGGAGGAGGACUACAACCGGAUCACGGGCGACUGGACGUUGGAGGACUACAUUUCGUCGGACCGGGCGCCGGCGGCGAACGGGCAGACGAUGGGCGGGGUGCUGGACCAGGCGUGGAUUUUUCAGGAGUUGGACAAGGACGUGGUGGAUUACUGGUUUCCGAACAUGAGCGAGUUGGACCAGCUGUAUGCGGAGGUGGACAUGCCGGCGGAUUUAGUCAGUUGAAAAGCAGAUACAAGCAGACAGUGCUGAGUCGAGAACAAUACAGAGGAAGUAGAUAUCAACCCAGGACGGUCUGUGUCUGUAGCUCGGUUAGAAGCCAGAGGCGGGGCUGAGGAGGAGGCUGUGCUCGCUUGCGGGCAGGCCGAGUGGCUGGUGAGGUCCAACCCUCGGUGGCCGACGAACGGCGGAGAGUCGACAGCGAAAGCGGCGAGCAGCGAAGAAGAGCGAUAAAGAGAAGAACGGC